AUGGGCAUGGAGAAGGGGGAUACUGAGGCUGCCGGCGAGGGCAACUCACAGUCAGAACAAACAAAACCGCAACCAGAAACAUCAUGCACCAAGAAAAGAACGAGGUCAGGAGAGACCAAGGGAGCACCAUCCAGGACUGGCCACCAGGUCUGCGCCAAGGGCGUCGACGAAGAAGAUGACUACGCAGCAGCUUGGGAUAUCUGCAAACCGGAUUUACAUACGACUGAGUAG